AUGCCGGGAUACCUGGAACUCAUCUUCAAGGCUUCUUCAUCCAUGUUCGGCGCAUGGAGAGACUGUAGUGCAUGCGGGAUGGAGCUCUCUAAAAGGACUCUGCUGGAUAACGCGUGCUUCACGUGGAUUGAAAUCUUCCUUUUCUUCUUCUGCGCCUUUUUGUGGACCCAAGUCCGACAGGGACUAACGGAAAGUUUGUUCCGGCCGUUAGCACAGAGGUGGAGACUGAUGCCCAAAGAUGCUGACAAGAUGCCAGAGAGUGCGUGGAAGCUGGUCUUCUACACCAUGUCGUGGUCCUACAGCUCCUAUCUGCUCUUCUUCUGCUCCUACUCCUUCUUCCAUGACCCACCCUCAGUUUUCUACAACUGGAAGAGUGGAAUGUCAGUGCCUCUAGACAUCGCCAUAGCAUACCUGAUCCAGGGCAGCUUCUACGGCCACUCCAUCUACGCCACGGUCUACAUGGACGCCUGGAGGAAGGACUCCGCUGUCAUGGUGGUGCAUCACAUCAUCACGUUGGCACUUAUCUCCUUUUCCUAUGCCUUCAGAUACCACAACAUUGGUAUUCUCGUGCUGUUCCUGCAUGAUAUAAACGACAUCCAACUUGAAUUCACCAAACUCAACGUCUACCUGAAGACCAGAGGCGGCGGCUAUUCCCUGUUUAAUGAUAUACUGGGAAACAUGGGCUCUGUCAGCUUCAGCAUCACAUGGUUUUGGUUUCGCCUCUACUGGUUCCCCUUGAAGGUUCUGUAUGCGACGUGUGUGUCCAGUCUCCAGUCCGUGCCCAACAUUCCUUUCUACUUCUUUUUCAAUGCUUUGCUGUUGGCACUGCUGCUCAUGAACAUAUACUGGUUCUUGUUUAUUGUGCUGUUCGUGGUCAAAGUCCUGAAGAUGAAGGAGGUGAACGAUGUCAGGGAGUACGAGGACGAGGACAAGGCAGCGGCGGCGCUCAGAAUGGCCCGGGGCAACCACAGUAAAGCUGAUGAUGCGGGACAUCACAACUCUGCCCCUGGGAAACACGUGCAGAAUGGAAUCGCUAAGGAGAAGCAUCUAUAA